AUGCGACAACCUGUCGAGGGCAAUGCCACGUGCCAGACGAGCCCUUUCAGGACACGUAAGGUGGCUCUGAUGCGUGUGUACCGUGCAGUUACUCUGCGAAUACUCUGUAAAUACACCUUGCAGAACCAGCACGUGCCGUCCGUGCGCCUUACAAGAUGUGCGUACGCACCCGCUUGGAAAAAGCGGCUGCUAGUGAUGAGUCAAGGAGCUGGUGAGUCUUCCCCCGGGAGGGCGGCCCGCCGGAGCUCGCCCCGCCUCAGCCCUCCGCCGCCGCCCCGCCUCAGCCCUGCGCCGCCGCCCCGCCUCAGCGCGGCGGGAAUGGCGGCGGAGGACGAGGCGGAGCUGAGCCUGCUGGAGUGCCGGGUGUGUUUCGAGCGGUACGGCCCCGGCGGGCAGCGGCGGCCGAGGAACCUGCCCUGCGGGCACGUCCUCUGUCGGGGCUGCGUGGCGGCCCUGGGCGGCCCCGAGCGCCGGCGGUUGGAGUGUCCCUUCUGCCGGCGGGCCUGCGGCUCGGCCGAGACCAGCGACUGCCUGCCGCUGCUGCAGCUGCUGGAGGUCCUGGGCCCCGCCGGCGGCAGCGUCCCCUCGGCCUUGGGGAGGAGCGGCGGCGGAGGGGCGGCCGGCGCGGGCCUGGGGCUCCGGCUGUCCCUGGGGGGCUGGGGGUCGCUGGUCAACCCCACCGGCCUGGCGGCCUGCCCGAGGUCGGGGCGCCUGGCAGUGGCACACGACGGCAAGAAGAGGAUCCACGUCUUCGGGCCGAGCGGAUCCUGCCUGCAGCGCUUCGGGGAGCGGGGGGAGGCGGGCAACGAUAUCAAGUACCCGCUUGAUGUGACGGUCACGUCGGACGGGCACCUGGUGGUCACCGAUGGCGGGGACCGCUCCGUGAAGGCCUUUGAUUUUGAGGGAAGGGGGGUCCUGGCUGUCCGGGAAGGUUUCUGUUUGCCCUGGGGCUUGGAUGCCACCCCCGAGGGUGAGGUUAUCCUGACCGACUCGGAGGCAGGCUCUCUCUACCGCUUGACGGCCGACUUCAAGAAGGGGAAAUUAAAGAAGUGUCAGAUGAUCCGGUCUCAGCUCAUCAGCCCGAGGGGGGUUGCGGUCUCCCAGACCUCGGGUGCUAUCGUGGUAAUAGAGCACCUGAAAGCUCAAGGACCGAACAGCGGCAGCACCCGAGUGAAGAUAUUCAGUGCAGAGAUGGAUCUCGUCAGCCAGAUGGAUAGCUUCGGUCUGAACCUCGUUUUCCCCUCCAAAAUACAUACUACGGCUGUGGCCUUUGACAAAGAGGGCCGCAUUAUAGUAACGGAUGUCUGCAGCCAGGCUGUAAUAUGCUUGGGGAAACCUGAGGAGUUUCCUAUCUUUAACCCUCUAAUUAGCCACGGGCUUUCUUAUCCUGUAGGACUGACUUACAUGGCAAACAAUUCCCUCGUCGUUUUAGACAGCGGUGAUCAUUCAAUAAAAAUAUAUAGCUCCACCUGAAUAGGUUUAGAUGCUUACUGCUAUGGGUUCAAGCUGCUUUUCGCCAUAAAGCAAGGAAAGUUCCGGUGUUAGCAGGUGUGUAGGGAGGAGGCAUUUUCUGGGCUGUGCUUUAAGUGAAAUUGCCCGCUUUGACCAACACGCUGUGCUUCCCACAAAACUUACAUUGAAUCUCUUGCCUAUCCGCAGGAGAAGACCUGGCCGUCGCAGGCCAUAGCCAACAACAUAUCAACCAACCAACCAAUUUGGCAUUUUAAACCUAUUCCACACUUUGACAACCAAACAUUUUUGGUACUUUUUGACAAGCAAUAAUAACGACAUUUGGAAUGGAGUAAUCAAAGACCGGCACCUGGGAGAGAAAGUGAUGCAUCGUUUGCGAUUUCUGCAGGAGAAAGGAGACUGGCUUGACAAAAUGAUAGGAGAACUGGAAGCAUCAGUUCAGAUCCAGCUGAGAUCAUUGUGAUGGAGGAGCUACCACUGAUCAGUGAGUCAUGUGAAGUGAAUUGGUGCUCAAACCCGAUUUUUUCCAUGCUGGGGAAAAUGCACUUCUGGGAUCACUUUCCUCUGUAGUAGUUUAUUCCCACCUUUACUAGAGUUGUACCGGAGCACUUGGUCUUCCUGUAUAAUGCACAAGUCUGUGUCUUUACCGAGAGAUAAUUUGGUGUGUGGUUACCGGCAUGAGCAGCUUUCCCCAAAAGCCCCUGGAAGUAUUUGUGUUUAGGCCACAAAUACUUCUGCACAUAUAAAAUAGAGUUGGCUGUGCUGCUAACACAGCUACGCUUGGGAGGUAUCCAAUACUGCCUGCCUCCGUCUUGUCGUUAAUACAGUACUUUUGCACCCCAAACUCCAAGAUUCAACUGAAAAUUGAAAUGCUGGUGAGAAGUAAUAGAGAAAGGGGGAUGUAAGCCUCAUUUUUUCCGAGUUUCCAAAUGAGGUUUUGUUGAUUUGGAACAUACAGCAGGCUUACUCCAGCUUAUAUUUACUUGAAAACAGUUUCACUGUGGACACAAGUUCUGUUGCCUUAUUGCACAGUGGAAAUUAAGGUAUAUCUGAAUUAUUCUGAGAAGGAUUUAACACCCCCAGUAGAAGUCACUGCUGCAUUUUUAGGUAUUUACCUGCUGGUAAAAUGAUUACUUAGGCGGUUCAGCGUUAAAAGGAAGUGAGAUACAAAUGUAAAUGCUAUCUGAGGUAGAGAUGAGUAGAUUAAAAUGGCACAAAACUUUUGGGGUCAUUUCUUUUAUUUAGUCGCUGAAAUAAUGAAUAUUAACUAAUAUAAUUUGAAAUUCACAGGGGAUCUUUCUAUCGGUAAAUUUUUAAUCUGGCUUUUGCUCUGACUUUAGGGCAUUUAAUAACUGCAUGUAUUGCUGCACCAGUGAUUUACCAAAUACUUACUUUAAACUGGAGUGGUUUUAGCCCUCUAAUUCAGACAAUGUAUUAAUCUGUCUUGUGUUAACAUUUAUAUAAACAAACCAAAUUAUUAAAUGCAGCUAUUUGUAAAGGUUAAUUGAACAGUGACCUACCAAUA